UUUUAUUAUGUAGAUUUGAUAAAGUAGUGGAAGGAGACGUUGUUCAUUAGGGGGGAAAAAAAUCGACUAGUUUAUUUCAAGCGGCGUCCGUAUUGUUCUACACGUCAUGAUGGAUGCGGCUUGGAGCAAUUUUCUCUUUCAGACUCCGCCUUCGCAGUCCCAAACUGACGCGACCCUCCAAUCAGAUCUUCUCCCGGAGCUCACGGAUGCCGCUCAGGACCCGCCCCCUGAGCACAUAGCCCCGCCCCCAUCCACGGUGGACACCGCGGCGCUGAGCGAGGAGCCCGUACCGGUGAAGCCCAUCUCUCGACCAGCCCGGCCUGCGCACAUCUGCUCCAUAUGUAACAAGCAGUUUAAGAACAGUUACAACCUGCGCCGUCAUCAGUCUGUCCACACUGGAGUGAAGAUGAAGGACAGAGCCGCUAGAGAGAAAAUAGAUGGAAACAAGGCCGUAGCACGAGUGGAGAGGCAGACCAUUCCCCUCUCUCUGCUCCAGCUGUCUAUACCGGCCUCCAUACCCACGGUGGUCGACCCCAUGGCCCAGCCUUCUCCACUCACCAAUCAGCAGGUAGAGACGGUGUCUGUCUCGAUCGCCCCGGCAACGGUCGCCAUGACAGUGAACCAGCCCCUCCCUACUGCAGUGGUGGUUACUGGGACAAUGGUUCAGGCUGCACCAAAUACCAACAUCAACGAUAACCUAAAUAACCCCACCCCUAUCCAAAUAUCUAUCCCGAUAACCAACCCAUUACCUAUCAACCCGACUCCCAACCCCAACCCCAACCCCAACCCCAAUCCGGUCAGGAAGAACCAUGCUUGUGAGGCGUGCGGGAAAGCCUUCAGGGACGUGUACCAUCUCAACCGCCACCGCUUGUCCCAUUCGGAUGAGAAGCCGUACUCCUGUCCGAUCUGCCAGCAGCGGUUUAAGAGAAAGGAUCGGAUGAGUUACCAUGUUCGCUCGCACCAGGGAGGAGUGGAGAAACCGUACGUGUGUCCGCACUGCGCCAAGGGCUUCUCACGGCCUGACCAUCUUAACAGUCACGUGAGACAGGUGCACUCCACAGAGAGACCCUUCAAGUGUCCGACAUGCGAAUCUGCAUUCGCUACGAAAGACCGAUUACGAGCUCAUAUGAUCAGACACGAGGACAAGGUUCCCUGCCACAUCUGUGGCAAACUUCUCUCCCCUGCUUACAUCACAGAUCACAUGAGGGUCCAUAACCAAUCACAGCAUCACGUCUGUCACCUCUGCAACCGCAGCUUCACCACACUGACGUACCUGCGUGUCCACGCUCAGAAGCACCACGGGCAGGAGUGGAAGGACAGCGGGGUCGGCCGUGGCUCGGGCCCAGGCGGGGUGCUGUUAUGCCAGCUGUGCGGGAUACACUGCAAGACACCCACACAGCUGCAGGGUCACAUGGCCACGCACGCCAACCAGACGGACCCCAAUGUCCCAUGCCCCAUCAGCAGCAGCAGCAGUUCAGUGGCCACGGUGGGCAUAGCCACUCCUGUCUCCAACCCUCCGGUCACAGUCGGGCUGCUGGUCACUGACUGCUCCAGCAUCGCUCCUCAGAGCCACAGCUAACCAACAGCACACCACGAGGAGGGAGGGAGGGACGGAGGGAGCAGGGGUAAUGGGUGGUAGGGGAGAGAAAUCUAAGAGGAUGGACCCAACCUGGACAGGUUACCAAUCAAACCCAACAAUGUUUCUCACUCCAGGUUGCCGUGGAAACGCCAACACAAAGAUUACGGUGUAAACCCACCCAUUACCCCACCUCUCUCAUCCAACUCCGAUCUUGCUGGGACUGAACAAAAACUGAACGACUCUCCUCAAAAUAGAUGUGACUUUUGAAUGAACUCAAGAAACAUCACCCUGCUUCACACUCACUUUUAUGUGCGGGCAGAGCAGCAAGUCUCCCUGGAUUGCUUUCCCCCUGUGCAGGCUUUGAUCUGGUCUGAUGGAUACAGACUGAAAGUGUUUAGAAGAAGACCCGAGGAAGGUCUGAUGGACGACCGGUUUGGGUGUCGGUACAUUUCCUUGCAGACUCCCAUCGGAGAGAUCACUGGUUUUAAAUGUAGGCUGUUAUUAAGUGCUGUCCCAGUUCGUUAUAAAAAAAAAAAUCCAGUGUUGAAGAAUGUAGAACACUAGGAGGAAUUGACACAUUAUCCCAACCUUUCCUUAUAUAAUAAUGGCUCAUCGCUACGUGAUCUUGAAGUCCAGACGAGAUAUGUUUUAUAAAUAGAUUUACUCUGUUGUAAGAGAUCAGUCCAUCAUAAAUGAUCUUAACACGAAUUACACCUCCACCGCGCUCGAACAUUCGAGGGGAUAUAAAAUACAGUGCCAUUUCCUCUCAUGAAUCCCUGCGAAGGAUUGUAAAAGGGUUUUAAGAUGGUCACAAGGACAAAAUAUUUAUAUUUGUAAUGUAUGUAGUAUGUGAGUACUAAAAAAAGCAUCUAUUGUUCAAUGCCUACUUUGAUAUUUUUCUCAUUGAUCUUGUUUUUGUUUUGUUUUUUUAACUAAAGAUGUUAAACAGAUGUAAUAAUGUUGAUUAUGUUGCAUAAGACGUGUAACCUAUGUUUCCAGUUCUGUUUGUGUUGAUGCUUGUUUAACGCCAAUAUGUGUUGGUGUCGCUGUGCUCUUAUCCUAAAUACUCUCUGUAUUAUGAACAUGCACCUAAUUAUACUGCAUUUAACUAA